CGGUGUGCUUUGCGCUCAGCCGCGUCCUCACGCAGGAAGUGGGUGUGUUAGGUGCGGAUGAGCUCUUUUAUUUGGUUUGUUUUCUCUCUCAGCUGAAGUGUGAGUCAAUCGCAGUGAAGCAUGAAUCUGGAGCGCAUGCCGAACGAGGACAAACUGAACCUGUGCAGGAAGUAUUACCUGGGUGGCUUUGCCCUGCUCCCCUUCCUGUGGCUCGUCAAUGUGGUCUGGUUUUUCAGGGAAGCCUUCAUGAAGCCCGUGUACACGGAGCAGGCGCUGCUCAAAACAUAUGUGAAGCGCUCGGCGCUCGGGCUGCUGUUCUGGGUGGUGGUUCUCACCACGUGGAUCACCAUCUUCCAGCACUUCAGAGCAGAGUGGGGCGAGGUGGCGGACUACCUGUCCUUCACCAUCCCGCUGGGGAUGAGAGAGAGAGAGAGAGAGAGAGAGAGAGAGAGAGAGCGCACCCCAGACCCCUCACCCCACUCUGCCCCUCGGAAUCACGUUGCCAGCUGCUUCAGCUUUAAACAUUUUGGUUUAGUUUUUCUCUUUCUGAAACAUUCAGGGUGUUUCCGCUGAAAACGCAUCCCAGUAGCUUCUAUAGAUAGGUAUGUGUAGUGUGUGCCGCCUGCAUGGUGUUGUCCUGCUCUCUCUCUCUUUGAGUGGGGUUGUAAUGGAGAUCAGAACAGCUGAGCCGGCUUGUAAUGUUGUUCAGUUAAAAGAUGAAAAUGGUGACGCGUUUCAGAUUGGCAGAGUGCGUGUCUUACUAUUAAACUCAUUGUAAAACCAGGAAUGGAUCAAACUGCUUUGCAACGGGAGUCCAUCCCUGAAUUAACUUGUCUAACCACUGGAAACACUGCAGUGGCAGCGAUGGCUAAACCUGGUCUGAUUUGUGCAACAUGGCGCUUCUGCUUCAGAUCCCGUCAUCACUCGUGAAUAACGAGGUGCACAUGCUGAAAUGUGUUAAGAAUGGGCGCUGGGAUUGCUUUGUUUGACUGGAAACUAGAUUGAUCGUCUUUCUUUGUUUCUUAUGGUAAAGUUUUCCAUUCGGAGGACACCUUGUAACAAACCUCAGCCAGGAGUUACACAUGUGAAACGUUGCGUUGUCAAAAGGGUAGGGAGCACACGGUGUAGGCUUGCUUGACUGACUGAUUGAUUGAUUGAUUGAUUGACUGUGAUUGAGUGAUUGAUUUCAGUCAGUAUUCCCUCACAGUCUUCUCUGUGUAUAUUUGAAACCUGUCCAUGUGGCAGUGAUAGUGUGGAAAGAGGUCUUAUUUUACCUGCAGUGUCCUGAAGGAGCUGUGCGAUGGCUUCCAAGGGGGGGGUGCUACGGUACGGGACGCCUCUUCGGGGGAGGUCCAGGGGUUUCGGAGGGGGCGACGGAGAAGGGGAGUCUCUCUGAAACGACCUGAAGGGUUAACAGAAAUACAAACUAUUUCAUAUCGAGGUAAUGAAACACCUGAUAAUGAAAAACACUGAAGAAAAAAAAAUAGUUUUGUCAUCUUACUGUGGUAAAAGCUGACACCUUGUGAAAACUAAAAUAAAACCUGGUAUAUUUACGCA